UUUUUAAAAGUCAUCGUGUGAAUUAAAGCAGUACCGGGCGUCCAUGUUGGUCCAUGUUUUAAAACUGACUAUUGCGACUUAAUAACAUUGUGAAAAACUAUGGUGUUUAUUUAUCAAGUUAAGUCUUAAAUUCACCAAUAAUUUAACGUGAUCGCCUAAUUAUAAGUAAAUAAAAACGAUGGCGAACACCGCCGAAUAUUUCGGUUUUGAGAUGCUCAAUAAAUUGGUAGACAAUCAGCUAACUAAAAAGGAAGAUGUGCUGAUUCUGUUUACUCAUUGGUUUUUCAUAAAAACGGGAUUCAAAUGCAUUGGACUCGGUGAUGAGAAAACAGUUGAACCGAACACAGAAGGUCAUGAAUUUUUGCCUGAAGGAUGGAAUCAGAAAGAUUUUUACGCACUGAGAUAUUUAAAGGAAGGUCAAUUAUAUAUCUUGCUGGGAAGAAAAUCUGAUAAUAAUUUGCUACUUAAUUUAUUGAGAGUAGAUGACAAUGGAGUGUCAAAUGUUAAAUUUCAAACAGAGACAGUAGUGAACAGCAUCCACGGAGGACUGUCAACUCUGAUACCAACAUAUCAAGAGGUAAUGAAUAAAAUCCGUGAGGAUCUUGUUGAGCCUGUCUACACAGGGACCGCCAGAGAGAUGUCCACCCAGACAUCUCAGAGCGAAGGUCGCAGGCCCUCAAAUCCUGACAACGAUCCACUGAGGGUAGGACCUCCUCAUAUUCCUCAACGACCACCACGUUGGGAUCCUGCGACAGAUCCGCGGGCGGUAGGUCGUGCUGAUUUAGAUCCUUUUGCUGGUGUUGGUCCUCGUGGUGGUGGCAUGCUCUUCGACCCGUUUCAACCAGAUCGGAAUUUACCUAAUCCAAGAUUUCCCGGUCGUCCUGGAGGGAUUGGUGGUCCUGCUUUUUUACCACCUGGCGCAAUACCACCAGGUGCAAGAUUUGACCCAUUUGGACCACCAGACAAUAACUUACCACGUCCACCCCGUGGAAAUCCUGAUCAUGACCAUCUUCCACCUCCUGGAUACGAUGAUAUGUUUAUGUAAUAGUCUCUUUUUUCUUAAAAAUUCACAAUUUUUUAUAUUGUUAAAACCAUGGAAUUAAUAAACAAAAAAUAUUCAUACAAA